AAUACAGGAGCGUAAACAUAAUUUGUAAGUUCGCAUUUUGUAAGAAAAAGAAUUUAAGAUGAGUGAAAUGUUUGCCGGUAAAGAAAAAACUUCGUCAAACUUGGCAUGGCACCGACCCCAGUCUGCUAUCUCCCUCCAAGAGGAGGAGCUGAUGCAGAACAGUGCUCGAGCUGCGCCCAACGCCACUGACCCAAUUGAAAAACUACGUCUGCUUUGCCUGUCUAGGGGCGCCACAGGAAUAUUAGCCCUAGGAAGUGCCACAGUCUAAUAUUGGGAAUAGACUGCUAGCUGGUUCGGACAUUUUCAAUAUGGCAUUUCAAGACUUGGCAUUUCAUUGUCUUUUCUGGCAUCACCCUUAAAUUAAUUUUACCAACAGCACACACAGAUAAUGUAACAAAACAGUCGUUAAUGCAUUUACGUAUUUGGUUGUUUAGACUAUUCAGAAGGAUGGACAAUAAUGGAAACAAAAAGGUCAGUAAGGAAGAGUUUGUUCAAGGCCUGAUGGAAACUGGAUUGGAAAUGAGCACCAAGGUUUGUGUUUAUAACUAAGAAUGUAUCUAUAAUAUGUAAUUCUUCUGUCCGUAUGUAUAUAACCGAACACCUCUGACUGAUUUUGAUGAAAUUUUGUGUAGGUGAUUAAGUUGAUUCGAGAAUGAUGUGUAUUCACAAUUAGAUCUGGUAGGUGGCUCUGUUGUUGAUAUCCUAAUCAACAACAGCGCGCUGUAAUCAUCCGUGUGAAGCCGGGGCGGAUCGCUAGUUUUCAUUACAUUAUUGCAAUAGCUAAGUAAAAUUUCAUUAACCAUGUCAUAAGAGCUUAAGAUUUUUUUAUAACAACAGAAUGAUAAAAACAACAGUACAUUUAAUGAUAAGUGACCAUUGCAAGAUAUAGACACUUGCAAACAACUCCUAGCAAAUAUGGCAAUACAGGUGGUAAUUAUAACAAGCCUUUUGGUAGAAUAGGGAAAGAAAUCUUCCAGUCGAAAAACUCUAUUCUCUUUUAUAUAUUUAAUGCAGCAACAUUGGAUAGAUUUUUUAUGACAUAAUGAAUGAAGGGGUAAGUUAUUUUAAUUUGUUGCACUUUCUAGGAAGCUGAAGAAACAUUUGGUAGAUUCGACACAGACAAAAGUGGAAACAUUAGUCUGGAUGAGCUUAUCAAACAAAUCCGUCCACCAAUGUCAGAAUCACGGCGCGAUAUUGUGAAGAAAGUUUUCAAGAAGUUUGACAAAACCGGAGACGGUGUCAUCACUAUUGAUGAUAUUCGCUCCGUUUACUCUGUGAACUCUCAUCCACUGUACAUGAGUGGAGAGGAAACAGCCGAAAAGGUCAUGAACAGGUUCUUGGCUAACUUCGAAGUUGAUGGAACUGCUGACGGAAGGGUAACACUUGAGGAGUUUAUGAACUUCUAUAGUGGCAUCAGUGUCUCUAUUGACAACGACUGUUACUUCGACCUGAUGAUGCGUCAAGCUUACAAAAUGUAAUUCACUAUAUAACGUACAUAAUGUGUAUGUACUCUAACUGUGUAACUGCUUACUCACACACUCGCACUACCUUCCACACGAGGAGUAAACAUCACUGUUGUUUAUUGCUUUUUAUUAGAUAUGGAUUUUUACGCAAACGUUUACACGUCGUUUUUAGAAUACGAUUUCAGAAGCAGCCUGCCAUAAAGUUUCGAUCGAUAUAGUCCAUACUUUUAGUUUUAUUAGUAAACGACAAAUCCAAACGCGCGCUGUUUAACAAUAUAUAGAACAUGGUAUCUUUUUAUUUUCUUAAUAUUAUUAUGAGUGGUUAACGGGAAUAUUAGUAAUUUUGGUGGCAUUACUAGUAUUUAAAAAAAUGCUAAACAAAAUAGUUUCAUAGUCAACAUUCCGGUCGUAAAAAUUUAAGUACAAGUGACAAUGGUACUUAUAAUUACACCGUUAUUUUCAAUUCCAUUAAGUUUUGAUAAACUAGUAGAUUGUUAGUAAUCGACUGAUAAACAUAAAAUUUGUUUUAAGAAUAUUAUUAAGAAUUUCUUUAUACAGGGCUAUUUUGCAAUAUACGGCCAAAUUUGCAGAAGAGGUUCAGAAUAGGUAAUAUAGUAUAAAUAAAAAUAAAUAACAUACGGGAGUCAGAAGGCAUAUCAUUGUUAAGAUAACGGUCACUAAAUCCUGGGAAUAACACUACCUACGCCGAUCACUACUUAUUACCUAUAGGCAGAUAUACUAUAUAAUAAUAAUUAAUAUUUUAACUACGUAAAUACGGGUGACAUAAAUAAGAAUAACAAUACUAAAUAUUUGGUAGAUUAGUACCUACCUAAUUACUUAUUACCUAUAUAUAGAUAUACUAUAUUAUAAUAAUGAAGAUUCUAAGUAAAUACGGGUGACAUAAAUAAGAAUAACAAUAGUAAACAUUUGAUAGGUAAGUACCUACCUUAUUGCUUAUUACCUAUAGGUAAACGUGCAUUUCUUUACCUUCGUUUGUCCUUUGAAAGUGUGAAAUACGUGUGGUUCGGGUCAUUGUUAUUAUUUAAGCAGCCAAAUGCCAUACGACAUGCUUUUGUCUUCAUUUUAGUUAAUACUUAUAUCUUAAGCGACGAACGGACGACGCGUGUAUUGCGUGCGAGCCGGCCGACGCGCGGUAGCCCUCUGAAAUGGCCGUCAAGACGAGCCCGCCGUAUACUUGUAGUUGUAGCUUUAUACCUAAACUACGGAGUGCGCAUGGUUUGGUCAUCUGUAAACAUUGCCAGAUUAUCACAAUUAAAGCGUGAUUAGGCGCAUGUCGGCCGUGCACGUACUCCACGCCUGGAAAGCACAAGCUUGUGUCACAUUCUAAUGUUCCUAAGCAUUUAAAUUAUACCAAAUUGCGCAUUUUGAAUAAAAGCAUUUAAGUAUAAUAACAUUCCGUAAGAUAUAUUUGCGUAGGUUCGUUUUUAUUCAGUUUAGGUAUAAUUUAUACAAUGUAUUUUAAUUUUGUUAUACAUUCAAAAAAUGUGUUCAAGAAAUAAGUAUUUGUAGUUUUUUUUUUUUCAAUGUUCCUUCAUCCAUAAAACCGCGAAUUUAAUCUAGUGUAGUAAAAUCUCUUCUUUUUUGGAAAUGAGGAAGCUAAUCUCAUUGGUUUGUGCAUACCAAACGAUUGCGGGGUUUGAAUUUCGUGGGUUUAUGUACGUUUGUAUUAUCAGCUGUUGUUUGGCACCAUUUAGUUCGUCUUGCCGCAUAAUCCCCGACAAAGGGACGAGAUAACAGACGGGUGUUGUAUGUUUGUAGGGUGUAUUUGUGUGUCUAUGUGGCAUCAUAGCUCAUGAACGGAUGAACCGAUUUAGAUUAAGUUUUUUUUUUGUUUGAAAGGUGCCUUAAUCGAGAGUGUCCUUCUUAGUUCAUCAGCUCCUUUUUGUUUCUGAGGUUUUGAAUUUUUUUAAUUUUAGUUACGUGGAAUCGGUUCGUCUAGUUUGGGUGAUCGAUACGAAACUAUUUCUGACUGAAAUCGAAUUUUAGAUACGUUUUGAUAUAUCGGACGCACGUAUUUAUGCUGAUGUGCACUUAAAGUCAAUGAUUAUUCUUAAUAUAAAGAAAAUAUUAAAUGAUGCUUUUUUUUUUGCAAAUGUUAGAUGACUAUAUAGAUAUAGAUGAUAUAUGUAACAAAUAUUGCGUGCUAAUAUAAUGAUUAUAUGUCAAUAAAAUAUUUAAC